AUGCCUACGUCAUUCUUCUCUUCGUUCCCGCCUUCCUUCAGCUCCUUUCCAGAGCUUGAACCGGGGCCCAGCAAGCGUGCAUCGACCCCAACAGAGGACAGGCGUGGCUCCAAGAAGCGAAGCAAGAGGAAAGAAAAAGGAGACAAAGAGGGUAAAGAGCAUAGGCAUAGAUAUGACAGGGAAGAGUCAGACGAGGAGAAGGAUGGUGCGAGUCGUUCCAAGAUACUCGCUGACGAGCGAGGUUAUCGUGAGCGAGACGAUGAACGUACGAAGGCAGAAGAAGACAUUUCUAUGAGAAGAGAGACCACAUUCGAAACCACAAGGCCUGUAUCUCCCCGUUUGGUGUACUACACGGAUCGUAAAGGCGAUCCUCUCAAUAUCCAGUACGGUGGUUUGCACGCCUAUAGCAUCCCAAAGUAUCACCUAACCGAUCGAGGAAAGGUUAUUCUGGGUUUGGAUCCGGCAUGGCGGGUCGUGCGUCGGGGUCACAAAGGCGUGGAGAUCGCCCUAGGUGGAAGGCGCAAGAUGUCUUCUCUGACGGAUGCCAGCACUCGCCACAUGUUGAAUGCAGUGCCUACGCGUAGACUUCUCCCUUCGGCAGAAGACAAGUACAAGUAUGACGAGGUGGAAGGGUUCCUCCGUCUUCGCUCUCUUCAUCGCCAUGAAAAUGAUCAAUCAUACCGGAAAAUUACUGCAUCCAAGCACGAUGUCGACUCCGACGCAUCCGCGUCUUCGGAGGCGGAAGACUCGGAGACUCCAGAAGAUAAUUCUGACACAAUACCGAUGACUUCCCUUCAAGCCACACUCAAGUCGUUGGAGGAGAAGAUCGCAGCGGAUCCAUCAUCUAUAUCUGCCUGGCUUUCACUUCUCUCGCAUACCCUUUCAACGACCUCGAUGACAUCCAAGAACGCGUCGAAAGCUCGGUCGGAAAUCGCUGUUUCAGUGCUCUCUCGUGCCUUAUCGGCCCACCCUAGCAACGCCUCGUUUAAGACACUUCGCCUGAGGUACCUGAAAGCAGGAGAGGAGAUAUGGCACGAGAGCAAGCUGCGAUCAGAAUGGGAAGAAGCACUCAAGAUUGGCGGGACGGAGAUCUGGAUGGAGUGGCUCAACUGGAAAAUCAGAAGGUGUACAAAAGGCACGGACCAAAUCGUGAAUGAUGCUCGUCGAGCUCUUCACUCCAUUGGAGAGGAUGAGAUCGGCAAGUUGAGAAUUUUAUGGCGAGCAGCUGUAGGCUUCCGCGAUGCAGGCUUCGCGGAACGCGCGAAUGCAAUAAUACAGGCUCAAGCAGAGCUACUAUAUCAGCUGCCACCACAUCUCGUCGAUCAGCGUUUUGACAAUCAGCUUGAUGCCCUGGAGGACUUUUGGGAGUCUGAAGCGCCACGAAUCGGUGAAACAGACGCUAAAGGAAGUGCGAAUUGGUCCCAACGCUCAUCAGUUACUCCCACUGCACGAAAACAGGUUGUUCAUUCCAUUGACGAUGUCGACCCCUACAGGCGGUGGGCGACAUCUGAGAUUGUGUCAGACCGGAGCCAUCAACUACCAACACGCUCACAUGAAGAAUACGCCAACGAGGACCCAUAUGCUACAAUAUUGUUCUCCGAUAUACGCCCACUUCUUGUAUCCAUCCGUACUUCGAACGCGAGGCACGCUUUCCGAAUGAUGUGGUUAGCCUUUGCCGGCCUCCACACCCCUGGGUUUCUACCGACGCUCUCAGCCUCGGGCGAGAACGCAGAUGACCGUUGGGCAUGUUCACACUUUGCAUCGCCAAUCUGUCUCGCAGGCAUAUUACCAACGGACCGUAUCAGCACUGCUGGGAGGAUUACAGCAGAUGCUCAAGCCGGUGUGCUAAUCGGCCGCGAACGCGAAUAUGCGAGCGCCUUCGGUCCCAUUAAGGAAUGGGGAUAUGAGGUACUCGGACCGUUAGAGAGUCUGGGAAGCAGAAAUUGGAGAAUGUGGGGUCCCGAGGACGUGGAAGACGUAGACAAGGAGCUUGUGCGCGAGAUCUUUGCCCAAUGUCGCUUGACAGAUGAUGCCGAAUGGGACAUUCUAUCCCUUGCCUUCGAAGCGGCCUGUGCACUGAAAGAUGCCAUCUCAACGUCCAAGAAGCUGCUCGCUUCUGCGCAAGGCUCUCUGCCACUCUGGGCUGCGCACGCACGUUUGCAGCGACUCCGCGGUCGCGUUGAUGACGCCCGCAAAGUAUACCAGACGGUUCUGUCAGCAUCCCGAUCGAGUGCUACAGGAGAGCGCCAGCUAUGGUGGGACUGGGCGGAAAUGGAGUGGCUCACAGACCGUUCGAACGCAGCAGUGGAAGUGAUCGUACAAUCUACAGGGAACCAGGGAAUUGGUGGUAUCUCCCUCCUGCGCGCAAAGCGAUAUUUGCAAGAGGCGGCGACACAGGUUCCUGCGGCCUACUGGAAAGAGCGCGAAAUGUGGAUCAAGACGUUAGCAUUACUCGAGCUUUUGACAACUUCUGCACACGCUGCGCUAUCGGUGCUUGAUAUGCACCUCGGCGGGCUCCAGCUGGGAGAGGCUUCACACGAGAGCUUGACUGUGGCCUCUCUGAUGCUGCUCUAUAAUCAUGGCAGCAUUCUACGCAAUCCACUUCCUCCGGCGUUGCUCCGGGAAAGAGCAGAAACGGCGAUGGAACAGUAUCCUAGCAACAUGAUAAUAUUGGGGAUGUUCUUAGAAGCAGAGAAGGGCCAAGGCGUCUGGGGACGGGUCAGAGCCAUGUUGGGAGAGAGCCCGCUGGAUGGCGAGAAAGAGAAAAGUCUCGCGCGGAGGAUCGCGGAAGUCUGGGUUGCAGGAUGGGACAAGAACCGAUGGGAAGCCGAGCAGGAGCGGACCAGGAAUGGGCUUUCUGCUGCGGUCCAGAGUGAACGGACACGCGGUAGUGCUAUCUUGUGGCGCCUCUAUGUGGAGUUCGAGAUAAAGGCAGGCCAAUUGCAACGAGCAAAGAAGCUUCUCUUUCGAGCAGUCGGAGAAUGCCCACUGAACAAGGAGCUCUACCUUCUCGCGUUUGGUUCCCUGAGGUCUGUAUUCAAGAGCGGCGAAUUGAAUGACUGGGCAGAGACGAUGGUCGAGCGUGGGAUCAGGAUGCGAAAGGGCUUGGAUGAAAUGCUCGAGGGUUGGGUGGAGGACAAGGAUAUUAACAAGGAAGGUGUCGAUGAGAUUAUCAUGGAGGAUGAGAUUGAGCACAACGCUCGUGAGUUGAGGCGAUUGAUGCCAUACUGA